AUGGCAGAGAUUGCAGAGUCCGCGAGCACCACAGAACACCCGCUGGGGACUGUCGGAGCUUCUCGAAGCAAAGCAUCUCCAAGCGCACUAAGAGAAUCAGAUGUCGACCCGAAAACCAUGCGUACCACGACACCCGGACUGAAGCGGGUCUUCCUCACCUUCUCGGUCCUUCUCUCCUUCCUUCUAGGUUUCCCGUUCUUAUGGAAAACCGUAGAAAUCUACCGAUCGCCGCUUCCGUUCGGCGACAUGGACGCGCUGUCGAAGCAAAUCGAAUCGAGCCCUUUGCAGUUUCCUUGCCAUUUCCAAUCAGUAUUCCUUAACUUCGACUCGCGUUCUAGCGGCGGCAUUCUGGAUCCGCGAGAGCUUCGACGUUCGAUCCUCUCCGAGAUGACGAAAUUGACCUCCCAAACUCUAGAGCGUCAAUGUGGCUCUUGCGGUGGAAAUUUCACACUCUCUGUAGUAGUAGAUUCGGGUGAUGGUCCUUGCAGACUAUUUGACGAGCGACAUGGUAACGGUUUGACACCGAAUUGCUCGUACAAAUGUGGUGCGUUAGGGGCUCUGAACUUAGGAGACGAUGAGGCCAUUGAUGAAGCUUUGCGGUCUGCUUUGGAUGAGAGUUGCUCUGAUUAUGGCGGGAAACUGUAUACUGUGGUGGUGGUGGAUGGAGGUGGUGCUGGCGAGGGGCCGAAGGCAUUGGUGGGGAAGCACCGUCAUGGGUGGAUUUCGGGAAGGGAAUUGGACGCUGAGGCUAUGAUAGGGAGAAUGGCUGAGAUGUUCGUGAAGGUCUUUAUGAAUGGAGCGAGAGAAGAUGGAGCAAUUCAUGGAGAGUUCAUGCCAGUGGGUGCUGAUGGGAGAGUUGUUCUGUCAUUCAGUUUGCUCAACGCCAAUCCGGAUGAUUGGUUUUAUGAUUGGGACUUCCAGAGAUUAGAUGACACUCUUUUAAACCCUGUUAUUGAAGCAUUAAAACCUAUAGCGAACAUAAGUGUUGAAAGCCAAGUAUUAUACCAUACCCCAAAGUCUUCGUUUUCAUACUGGGAUGAGAGUUUAGGCAGCUACAUCUUCAGCACCAAAGAUCUUUCUUUCUUUGUGAACUCAAAUGAGUGGCAUUUAGAUACAUCUGUUGCAGCUGGUGGGCGCACGAAGAUAUUGCAGUUUGUGGUAUAUGUACCGUCUGCAAAAGAAUGCCCUCUUUCCCUACAGCUUCCAAGUGGAGAGAUUUCUAAAACAAACGGCUUUAUAUCUCCAAUGUGGGGAGGUGUCAUGGUCUGGCAUCCCCAGAGCUGCAUAAAAUAUUCAGGAAGCGGGCCUCCUGCUAGACUCUUAAUGCAUCCUGAUGAUCUUCACAGGAUAUUUGAAGUUCUCAUGGGGCAACUGCGACAACUAUUUGGUCUAAAAUCUAAUAGCAUUUACGUUGGUGCAGCAGGUGCUUACAAGCUCUUACCUAGUGAGAAAGGCUUCACAGAAUGGGAGUUGGAUGUCUUGUCACGGCAGCACACAUGCUUUAAUCUUCAUUCGAGUGGAACAACUCUUGGAUCUCUUUCCAGACUGGUUCAAUCACUACCAAGGAUGAUCAUAAAGGACGAGAUAGGAAAGCAGGUGAAGUUUUCUCUUGAAGCAGCUCAAUUAGCCCAAACGAAUGCCUCUGUUGGACUUUAUGAGGCAUCAGCUGCAUCCUCGAGGCAAGCCAGGUCAUUGGCAGAAGAUGCCUUCUUCCACCCCUCUAUUAUGUCAGUCAGCUACUUCUCCUUCGAGCACUGUUUUGCUGUCUACUCGCCAUUCUUCCUGCCAGUGUCAUUGCAUGUGCUCCUUGCGGCAGUUAGAGAAUGGAGAAGAUACAAGCACGAAAAGGCAAAGUACGUGCGGUGGAAGGUUAAACAAGUGAAGGCAGCAUAG